GGUAAAGUCGACCAUGUAGCUGACCUUAAUAUUUCCUGUGUUUUAUUUUGACCAUUAUUGUUAAACUUAGUGUUGAUGUGUGUAUUAUAGGCGUGUCUAACGGACAGUUAUGUAUCGGUUCAAUACGGGACGCACGUUUAACCUCCAAAUAUGGGACGACUCCGUAUUUUACGGGAUGGGCGGCGACCUGAUUCAGGGGAGAAACAGUUUUAGGAUGCUAAAACUAAAGCGUCCCUAAAACAGGGCUAAAAUCGCCACUGGUUUAAGCCACAGAACCAAGAUUAUAUCAAAUCCUUCUUUCUCACUGAGGCUGACUCCUCCCGGCUGCUGUGUCGGCUGCUCUAAAACAAACGCUCCUCUGUCAGUUGCUGCUGGACUUUGUUUCACUUCCUUCAUUUCCUAUUUUAUCAGCAGAACUUCCUCAUUUUAGCACCACUAUGUUCUGAGUUCUUGACUUCAGCAGGAGCUUCACAGCCUCCAACAGACCCGUUCAGUCCCAGAACCAGUUCAAUGAUAGAACCAGUACAGCUGAUCCAGCAGGUCCAGUAACGAGAGUGGCAUGAACCUGGACGUCUCCCAGCAGCGGUUCUGACCUCUGGGUUUUUCCAGCGAAGGGCUCUGAAGAUUUGGACCAGAUGGCUGCAGGCGAGAGGCCCGGUUGUUCCAGCUUAACCACUAAGGAGCUCCAACAGAACUUGAAGCUGGCGAAGCAAAAUGAGCGACCGGUCCGGCUGCUGUUUGAGAUCCCAUCGAGUCGAAUUGUGGACCAGCUGCUGAACAAAUAUGUGGCGUAUCAGAUCGUCGUGAUGCGCUCUGGCAGCUUUGAUUCCUGUUGUGUUUCCAUCGAGCGCCGCUACAGUGACUUCCGAAGGCUUCACCACAAACUGCUGGAGGAGUUUGACGAAGAGCUGGAGGACGUUCUUCUGCCCCCGAAGCUCCUGACGGGAAACUUCAGCCCAGAGAACAUUCUAGAGCGCCGCCUGGCCCUGCAGGACUACCUGGCCAAGCUGUUCGCAACCCGCUGCGUCAGACACUCCGCACACUUCUCGGAGUUCUUCACCGAGCACGAGCAGAAGCAGGCCCACGUGCUGCUGCGAGCGGGCCAAUUCAAGGCCGCUCUGGAGCAGCUGCAGACGGUCCUGGAGAUCCAGGAAAAGCUGCUGCCGUGGCAAAAGUCCACCCUGACCGUCCCCGCCCUGUCUGCGAUCGCUGUGUGUUACCGGGACCUGGACGAGCCGGAGCAGGCCUUCUCAGCCGCUCAGCGAGCUCUUCCUCCGGUGAGGCGCUACGGACUGAAGCCCUAUCGAGCGCCGCUGCUGGAGCUGCUGGUAGAUCUGGGGUACCAGCUGGGUCGUCCCGUGGCUCAGCUGCAGGACGAGCUGACGGCCGUCAGGAACGGCGAGAGAGGGGAGGUGUGCUUCCGGUCGCUGAAGGAAGUGGUGAUCCACAAGUUCAUCUGAGGAAGAGCAGGAACCCAGACUUACCAGAGACCCUGUGAAGAGAAAGUCUGGGUUUACUAAAAACCGAAAUGGCCUCAAAGCGUAAAAAAGUUACAUUUGAGAGUGAAUUCCCACCAGUCUGGUCAGUCCGCUUCAAUCAAACUCUAGUUUGUUUGUCUAAAGUCUGGUUCAUUUGUGGAGGUUUGAAUGAGCGAACUCUGCUUCGCCUACAAAUUCAAACGCAUAUGUGAAUACCAAGUGGACCAGAGACCUGCUAAAGCCCUAAAGAAGUUGCUGUAAACUUUUCUUUCUCCCCCAUCAGUCUGUCACUCUUUUGUUCUGGAUGUGUUCCUAUUCCAAAGUAUUUGGGAACAGUUUUAUAACUAUGUUUAUUCAAAAAUAUAAGCAAACGUUCAAUUGCAUUGGGAAAAUGUCCUGUUUGGGCUUCAACAAAGGGCCAAAAUAAAUCCAAAAGAUUUAUUUAUUAACUUAUUAAUCAACCAUGCUAAGUUUUGAGGAGAAAGUCUGUUGUUAUUUAAUAAUAACAACAAUAAUAACAAGAUCAUUUAAUAAUAUAUGCUUGCAAUCUAAUGUCUAUCUGAUCAAAAGGGAAGAACAACCACAUGAUUUGUUCCUAACUUAAGCGUCUGGAUGAUCUGUUGUCUUAAUUUAUUUUUACAUGAGGUUACUUGGCACGAAUGUUACUUUAUGUAGGAUUUUCUGUCAAUUCUGACAUUUCUUUUAAUAUUAUUUAUGCCAGCCCUGUCUAAUUUCCACAUUCUUGUUUUUGUUGUACGUUGUCACAAAUAAAGAUGCCUAAACAAUUAA